AUGGUCCUGUUCACCAGAAAAUAAAAGGUGCAGGUGGUCUGUCUGACCUCCCUUGUCUUUGCCUGGCAGCGGGAUAAGGGACCAGGAUCAAGUAGAAUAUGUGUUGAGUUGCAAAUUGCGAGACUAAUUGUUUAUGUCAUGAGUUAAUAUGAUAUGGUGAGCGGUGAACCAUUCAUCACGGUGGCUGUGUGUUUCGUAAUAUCAUGAAUUUUGAAUGCUAUGAGUUGGGGAUUGUUGUUUCCAAUUGGAAUCAACGUAGCAAGAUACUUGAGGGCUUUUCCGUUUGCAUUAGCAACUCUGCAGUCUUCUCAGCUACUGAAGGCAGCAAUAUGUCGAAACAAGGUUGACUAAUUUGUUCGUCGGGCCUCUCCCCGGCAACUCUUGGCUUUGCCACUGUAAAUAACCUAGUCUCUUUCUACAACUCAUUGUCAGAUGGCGGCCAAACUUGCACAAAAAUGUUGGUAGACCUAUAAACCACACAAUCAAACCACACAAUCUAAGAUAUGAGUUCCAAUAUUGUACUCUGUAAUAAGCCUCAUGCUGUAUGCAUUCCCCUUCCAUUUCAAAGCCAUAUAAAGGCUAUGCUCAAGUUAGCAAAGCUCCUACACUACAGAGGUUUCCAUGUAACUUUUGUCAAUACGGAGUUCAACCAACGACGCUUUCUUAAAUCUUUAGGACCAAACUCCCUUGAUCACUUCCCCAAUUUUCAGUUUGAAACAAUUCCGGAUGGCCUUCCAGAUUCAGAGGCUGAUGCAACAACCCGAAACCUCCCCUUGCUAUGUGAUUCCAUAAGAAAAAAUUUCUUGUCUCCAUUCCGUAACCUCCUCUUAAAACUCAAUGACACGGCCAGUUCCAAUAACAGUUUUGUUAUUCCUCCAGUAACUUCCAUUGUUUCAGAUGGUUUCAUGCCUUUUGCCAUCACAGCUGCUGAAGAACUUGGACUCCCUAUCGCAGUGUUCUUCACUGUGGCUGCGGUCGGAUUCAUGGGCUGUAAGCAAUACCCCACUUUGGUGGAAAAGGGACUUGCACCACUCAAAGAUGAGAGUUAUUUCACAAAUGGUUUUCUGGAUAUGGUCUUAGAUUGGAUUCCAGGAGUAAAAGCUAUCCGUUUAAGGGAUCUUCCAGCCUCCUUUCAAACUACUAAUCCCGAUGACAUCAGGUUUAACUUCAUCUUGGAAGCAGCUUUUGAAGUUCAUAAAGCUUCAGCGGUUGUUGUUCAUACUUUUGAUGCAUUGGAGCCAGAUGUUUUGGAUGCUUUGUCAUCUAUGAUUCCACAUGUUUAUGCCGUUGGCCCUCUCCAGUUGCUUCUCAAUCAGGUACCAGAAGACCCUUUGGAGCCUAUAGGUUACAGUCUGUGGAAAGAAGAAACGGAGGGCCUCGAGUGGUUAAAUGCCAAGGCGCCAAAUUCUGUUGUUUAUGUGAAUUUUGGCAGUUUAGCGGUUGUCACGCCUCAACAACUUAUUGAGUUUGGUUGGGGACUUGCAAAUAGCAAGCUUCCAUUCUUUUGGGUAAUUAGACCUAAUUUGGUAGUUGGUGAAUCUGCGAAUUUUCCACCCGAGUUUGCGGCUGAAACUAAGGAAAGAGGUCUAAUAACAGGUUGGUGCCCACAAGAGCAAGUCCUUAACCAUCCAUCAGUUGGAGGGUUUUUAACACACAGUGGUUGGAAUUCAACCAUUGAGAGUCUGUCUGCCGGAGUGCCUAUGCUCUGUUGUCCCUUAUUUGCCGACCAACGAACAAAUUGUCUCUAUACUUGUAAUGAAUGGGGUAUUGGCAUGGAAAUCAGUAAGGAUGCCAAGAGAGACGAUGUCGAGAAGAUUGUCAAAGAGAUGAUUGUGGGAGAGAAGGGUAAGAAAAUGAAAAAUAAGGCCGAGGAGUGGAAGAAACUAGCAGAAAAGGCAACUGAUCCACAUGGUUCUUCAUGGACCAACUUAGACAAUUUGGUGAAUCGAGUGCUAUUAAGGAAAGGCUAGGUGUUGUCCUUUGCAACCUUUAUUGGCCUUAACUUUGUUGUUGUUGAUGUUUUGGUUUGGUUUGCUGGAUAUUUUAGAUUGACUUCUUUUAGAGUGUGUUUGAAGUUACGGACCUUAGGAGGUUUGUAACGGUGUUAAUGUAGGAGGAGAAGCCUGAGAGGAAAUCGGAGAGAAGAGCAGGGGCAUUUUCCUUCUUUUAUUUUUUUAUCAAUAACAUUGAAUUUCAUACCACAUCAAUAAAGCAUUAUACAUUUAGGAUGUA